AUGGGCAUUCCCAUGGGCUCGAUUCCCAUGGGAUCGCCGCCAGCCCCGGGCAGCGCGGGGCGGCCGAGUGGCGGAUGCGGCGCCGUGCGGGGUGCGGCGGCCCGGGACGCGGCGGCGGAUGAGCGGACCAGCGCCGUCGCUCGCGGGGACCCGCAGCGCCUCCGGGAGCUGCUGGACUGCGGCAGGACCCCCAUGCAGGUGAUGAUGCUGGGCAGCCCGCGGGUGGCCGAGCUGCUGCUGCUGCACGGAGCCGACCCCAACCGCCCCGUCCCGCGCACCGGCUGCCUCCCGGUGCACGACGCGGCCCGCGCCGGCUUUCUGGGCACGCUGGCGGCGCUGCACCGGGCCGGGGCGCGCCUCGACCUCCCCGACGGCGGCGGCCGCCUGCCCCUCGACGUGGCGGCGGGGGGCCCGCACGGAGCCGUGGGGCUGUACCUGCGCGACCCUCCGGCCUGUGCCUAA